AUGGCGCUAUCAGAACCCAACCCCUUCUUGGCUCUCUCAGAGAAAGCCGCUGAACAGGCCAGCCCGAUGCGGGCCUUAUUGGAAGGCUCGGGCAUCCCGGAGUCUCUUUGGAAAGAUGUGGCUGUGUUUGCCCCAGAUGAGUUCGGGUCUCUUUCUGAUGCAGAAAUUCAGGAAUUCUUAGAUGGCCUCACGUACCCAGCUCAGCCAUCCGAUCUGUUGGUAAAGGCCAGGAUUCGCCUCUUGUGGCGGAAAUGCCAAAAGUCGGGGGCACCCUUGCAACCCGAUCCUCCCAAGCCCAAUCCCGUGGGGAGCACAGGUGCGCUUGCCGAUCAGGCUUCAUGGUCUGAGGCAUUCCCGAAGCGUCUCAGUGGCGAGGCAGUCCGCCAAAUGAUAAAGGCUUUCAGUGAGAAGUACCCUUCGGAACCAUUAAGCCCCGAGAUAAUGCCAUCACCACGACUUUUGUCAUUGGUUCAUCAGCAAUUGCAGGAUCGCCGUUGGCGAUGGAUACCGUGGAAGUUGCGGUUGUCCGAAGAACAAUAUGACUCUAAGUCUCUUGAGCGUUCCCUUAAGGCCCCACGGCUUGCAAAUCUGUUGUGGGAAGAGAUACCCAGCAGGGAGUUGCCCACACAGGGCAUGGCUAAGAGUGUUAUGGCAGAAUUGCUUCAUUUGCAGGCAGUGGCGAUUGCGCUAGCAGACGGCGCCCACCUCUACACCCUGCGGGAGAUGAACCGUAAAUUUCUUGUCAAGUGUUUCGAUCACUUGCCUCGGGAUGGGGGGUUGCGAGUGCCAAACAGAUUGGAGGCCGAGAACGCAGAGAAACAGCUUUGGCAACAGAUCGCGGUCUUGUUCAAUGAAGAGAACUGGACGAUGGAUCAGGCAAUACGCGAGGUUGUCGUGGCUCGCAACGAGCUUCACGUUCUGCUCAUGCCGAGGGCCGUCGCACCGAAAAUUCCAUGGCAACCGUGGACGCCGCAUCGCAUCAAAGGCGAUGGCAAGCAGGGGAACCACGGCAAGGGCGGCAAAGGGGAUAAGGGCAAUAAGGGCGGUUCUAAGGAUGGCAAAGGUUCCCAGCGUCAUACCUUGAUGAGCAAUGGCCUGCGAGUGGGUACCUCAUGGAUGCAAGGCAAGAACAAACGCCUUCUGUGCUCCGGGUUUCAGCAGGGCAAGUGUACUCGCGAUCAGUGCAAGUUCGAACAUGUGUGUGGCGCGGGGUGCAUGUCUCAGCCCCUGGUGUCGCCCCAAUCGGGCGUUGUUCUUGCGGACGUAGACAUGUCGGUCUUACAUGCGGCUGAGGCAUGUGAACCCAUGCACACUGGCCACACUGUUUGCUUUGAGCCACAAUCUGAUGCUGAGGAGUCCAAUCUUGAUUUCUCUGGUUUUCCACAAUGUGCUUCGUCAGGUAGUGCCCUGGCCACGUUUUCUGAAGUCCCACCGGUGCCCGCAGCAGUGGAUGCUCCGAGCACUGUGUUGAAUGCCACAUGUGCCGCAGUGGCAGACCCGUCGUCGGCCGUUUCAGCUGCAUGUGACACAAUCUUGAACAUUUUGCAAUCUGUGGAUUGGCCGCCGUGCCAUACAGCAAGGGCUGUCUUGCAACCGCGUGACAACGAUGACACCGGUUACUGGAAUUUUGGGGUUAGGCCCUCAGAACCCACUGUCCUUACUUCCAUCACCCAAGAUAAACCCGACGUAGUUCGCCGUUUGAAUGCCUUGUUUAAGGUUCUUUGGCCGGAUCAAUUUUGGAAUGCGAUUUGUAUAAAUCUCAACCGCGUGGCUAGCCUUCACCAGGAUUUAGCAAACAGUGAGGGCUCCAUGAAUUUGAAUGUCUCCGUUGGGGACUUUCAGGGGGGUGCAUUGUGGCUGGAGUCAGCAACAGGCACUUUGUGGCGCCAGCCACCAGGCAGCCAGCACUGGAUCAAGGGCGAAGAAGUUCAGACUUUUCGGAAUCCCAUUUCUUUUCCAGCUUGUGCCUGGCACGAAACGAUGCCGUUUGUGGGUAAUAGAUGGUCCAUCACUUGUUACACAUUGCCCCAUGUGCCGGAGGGAACGUUAGCCAAACUUGGCUUUCCGGAGGUAUCUCCGGCGCAGGUUCCUGAUGUGUCGCCGAUACAGGCAUCAGCUGCCACAUCAGCGGUGAGUUCCACCGCGCCAAUUUCAGCCCUGCCACCGGUGGUGGCCACAAAGCAGCGCCCUCUCUUCUUUUUGGAUCUUUUCGCUGGUGCAAGUGCACCACUUUGUCAGGAGGCCGCACGUCGGGGUUGGGCGUGUAUUCCCAUAGAUAUUCUACAUAACAAGGAAUCAGACUUACGCGAUGAUCGCAUUUUCGAUGGUCUCUUGAAGCUUUCCCACUCAGGUGCAGUAGCGUUUGCAAAUGCAUCCCCCCCUUGCUGCGAAUACAGCAUUGUGAAGCAGUUCGAUGGCGGGCCGCCACCCUGCCGAUCAUGGGAGUACUUGGGAGGCUUUCCAUCCAAUAAUGCCGAAGCCCAGGAGCGUGUUCAGUCCAGCCACCUUUUAUUGUCUCGGGCAGUCAUGCUUCUGCACGCUGUGUUUCAGAGCGGUAAUCACGUAAGCUUAGAACAACCUCGUAAUUCUAUGGCUUGGGCCGAGCCCGUGACACAGGCUUUCUUGCUGGAAAUUGCGGCGGAUGUGAUUCAGGUUGCAGCUUGCAGCUAUGGUUCGAGCUAUGCAAAGUACUGGGCUUUCGCUACAAGUUGGCGACCUUUACAGCAGUUGCAAAGCACUUGCCAGCACGCUGUGGGUCAUCAUGAUGUCUUUCACGGAAAACGUGACGCCACAGGCCAGUUCGUGUCUCGGCAUACAGCGUUGUUCCCUCCUAUGCUUUGCAAUGCGUUCAUGGAGGCUAUCAGCCCGUUGUUUCCAGAGAGUACGCAAGUUACCAGCUUCACAUCCUUGAAUCAGGCACUUUCUGCCCUGCCGAUUCGUCCCUUGAACGAUUUCCCGACUGGCCAACAGGAUGGCGGCGGCAUCUACAGCCAGCCCGACUGGACGUCCCCUCCGGCGGGACAAAAGGAUACCUUCCGUCAGUUGCGUCAAGAUAUGUGGGGAUUUUUCAAAGAGCAUAAACUUUUUGAUCGCCUUCGCAAACAUGUAAGCGAGUCAUCGCAAGAGCCACUCAUUCAGCAGCAUGAGCUCCCGGCAUUGCGAGCAAUUUGGGAAGCUUGGUUUAGAGCUCAGGGCUUCACGGAUUCAGUUUCAUGGGAGGUUGCGCCCGACCAGCCUUACUGUCUUCAGGCACUUGAACUUUUGAGCAAGGCUCUUGACGACCGUGAUGUGGAGCUUUGGAAGGACUUGCAGGCUGGGGUGCCAACCGGUGUUGAUGGUGACAUUUCUAUGAGCCAUUGUUUCUUGCCGACCCCAGCGAAUUUCAAUCCAGACGAUUUUGAUGUGCAAGUGUGUUCGGGCAACUGGCCCGGGGCCAAUGAGGAGCCAGAAUUGCUGGCAGAACUUGUGCAAAAAGAGGUGGACAAGGGAUACGUGCACGUCUUCGAUUCUCUCGAAGAAGCCCAAGCCAAAUGGUCCCGGGUCGCUGUAGGCAAAGUAAAUGUAGUGAAAAGUGGUUCUAGAGAUCCUCGGUUGAUUGUCGACCCAUCGGUUAGUGGGGUUAACCCUAGCUGCCACCUGCCCGAGCGCUUUCUUCUCCCCGGUCUCGGAGACAUCCGGGCAGUGUAUCCCCUCAGGGGUGUGUCGGGCUGUAUAGCCGCUUGCACUUUAGACAUACAGGCCGCCCACAAAACCGUUCGGAUCCGGGCGAGUGAACAAGGAUUGCUUGGAUUUUCCGUGAACGGCAAAUACUAUUUUUAUAAAGUGGCACCAUUUGGAGGCUCUUUCUCAGCGUUGUGGUGGCAACGCGUAGCGGGCUUUUAUGUUCGUACCGGCCAUCGCCUGAUCUUCAUCAGCCACGUCCUACUGAUGUACGUGGACGACGCUUUACUCCUUCAGCACAGUUCGGCUAUCGACUUUUCUGCGCUCUUGAUGGUGGCACUGUCACAAUCGUUUGGAUACCCGAUCAGUUGGCGUAAGCUCCAGCUGGGGCCCAAGCUGGAGUACAUUGGUUGGCGGAUUAAUUUCCGUGCAGGGACGUUUUGUCUGCCUGAUUCUAAGGUGGCCAAACUUUUGCAAAGCCUGAUGCAAGUGCUCCGGUCCGAUCCUUGCACCAAGCGUGAUUUGCAGGCUCUUAUCGGUCUCCUUCACUGGGUCUUGCAGAUGUCGCCCGAGUUGCUUCCUUGGCUGUGCUGCUUGUAUCACGACAUGUCUCGGUCGAACAUCCCCCCGGGCAGCAAGUUGUUGAGUGCACGACAUGUGGAGAUCAAGUGCAAGGCGGAUUUGCGUCUGGUUAGGGCAACAGGCAAGCGGGUCUGGAUUCGUGUGGCAGAUGCGUCAUCCAGCAAGCGACGGAUCAGCACGGUGAGCAGACAGUUCAUCAUGUUCUGGGUUCACUUUUGCAUGCGGCCUCAGAUGCCCCGUUGCUUGUCUUUGCCACCUUUGGACUUCCAGUAUUCCUUAGCUGCUGACGCUUGUGCUAAAGGCAACGACAUUGGGAUUGGCGGAUGGGUUGCAUUGCCGGAUCAGCCCAUCGUCUGGUUUUCCGAAUGGUUUACGGUCCAAGAUUUCCGUUCACUGGGGUUGCCCAUGAAAGAUGAUGCUAAUUUGGACAUUACGGCGUAUGAGACGCUGGCACAACUGGCUCUCUUAGUCGCUUUCAUUUCCAUCACUCCCACUGGGCGCCUUCGGGUGUGCAUCCCAUCUUGGUCGGAUAACUCGGGGACCGAGUCCUUGACUAACAAGCUUUUCACAGUACAUACACCGUUGUGCUUCUUUGCUCAGAAACUGGCUACGCGGAGUUGGCAGUCUGGAAUCUCUCUCGAUUGUACACACAUCGCGGGAUGUCACAAUGAUAGUGCUGAUUUCUUGAGCAGAUGGAAAGGCGACUUGCAGGAACUUCCUUCCCGGUUCAGCUUGGAUUAUCGGGUUCGAUGCCCACUCACAGUCUUGUGGGAGGGCGAGCGAGAUGUUCGCGUUUUCCCGCCACAUGCUAAGUUGUUAUGGCAGCCGCCUGUAUCUUCCUUCAAUGAAAACAGCGUGUAA